ACGGCUCUCAGGGACGGACCCGCAAAGGAGGGGAGCGAGAAACCCGCAUCAUCGCGCGCUUAUCUCCCCUAACCGACGCGGUACCCGACCUAACCAUCACUGCCCUCCAGAAAGGAGAUCGGUUUUUUUUUUUUUGACGUCGUUUUCUUUUAACAUGAGUCGAGGUUGUAAGACGUUCGCUGUUUUGUGAACAGUGCCCGUUUAGUGGAUGUCGUCGCGACGGGAAAUAGAAAAGACGAUGAAUUUAUCGGGUUUGCUCUUACCCGCUUUAUGGGGACUUGCGCUCAGCGGAUCACCUAGCGUCCAAAUCGGCGGCCUUUUCCCGCGAGGAGCAGACCAGGAAUACAGCGCGUUUCGGAUCGGAAUGGUGCAGUUCGGCACCACCGAAUUCCGUCUUACUCCUCACAUCGACAACCUGGAGGUGGCCAACAGCUUCGCCAUCACCAACUGCUUCUGUUCACAGUUCUCGCGGGGUGUCUAUGCCAUCUUCGGCUUCUAUGACAAGAAGUCGGUGCACACGAUCACAUCAUUCUGUGAGACGCUGCACGUGUCCUUCAUCACACCCAGCUUCCCGGCGGAAGGGCUCAACCAGUUCGUGCUGCAGAUGCGGCCCGACAUCAAAGGUCCCCUUAUCAGCCUGGUAGAGUACUACAAGUGGGAGAAGUUUGCCUAUCUAUACGACAGCGACAGAGGUUUGUCCACUCUGCAGGCCGUCUUAGACACGGCGGCGGAGAGGAAGUGGCAGGUGACCGCCAUUAACGUGGGCAACCUGAAGGAUGAGCGGAAGGAUGAGGCAUACCGCUCACUCUUCCUGGACCUGGAGAACAAGAAGGAGAGGAGAGUCAUCCUGGACUGUGAACAGGACAAGGUCAGAGACAUCAUGGAGCAGGUCAUCACUAUUGGCCGGCAUGUGAAAGGCUACCAUUACAUCAUCGCUAAUUUUGGCUUUUUGGACGGAGACCUGUCGAAGAUACAGUACGGUGGAGCAAACGUGUCUGGCUUUCAGAUCGUGGAUUUCGACGACCCUCUUGUCUCUAAGUUUGACCAGCGUUGGGAGGCUCUGGAGGAGAAGGAGUACCCUGGGGCUGACAGCAAGAUCAGAUACACAUCUGCUCUGACGUAUGAUGCUGUUCGGGUGAUGACAGAAGCAUUCCGCACCCUUCAUAAGCAAAGGAUCGACAUCAGUCGCCGUGGCAACAAUGGGGACUGCUUGGCCAAUCCAGCAGUGCCUUGGGCUCAGGGAGUGGAGAUAGAACGUGCCCUCAAAGAGGUGCAUGUGGAUGGACUUACAGGAAACAUCCAGUUUGACCAGUAUGGCAAGAGAGUGAAUUACUCUGUCAACCUUAUGGAGCUGAAAAACAGUGGCCCAGUAAAGAUUGGCUACUGGAAUGAGGUUGACAAAAUGGUGGUCACCAAGUCAGACCUUUUCUCCAAUGAAACCACAGGUUUGGAGAACAAGACAGUUAUUGUGACAACCAUUCUGGAAGCGCCCUAUGUGAUGCUGAAGAAGAAUGCGGAGUUGUUUACUGACAAUGAUCGCUACGAAGGAUACUGUGUGGAUCUGGCAGCCGAGAUCGCAAAGCAUUGUGGGAUUAAGUACCAGCUAAAGAUCGUGGGUGACGGGAAGUAUGGUGCGAGAGACAGUGUCUCCAAAAUCUGGAAUGGCAUGGUUGGCGAGUUGGUGUAUGGGAAAGCGGACAUAGCUAUAGCCCCUCUGACCAUCACACUGGUGCGUGAGGAGGUCAUUGACUUCUCCAAGCCCUUCAUGAGCCUGGGCAUCUCCAUCAUGAUCAAGAAGCCCCAAAAGUCCAAGCCAGGCGUGUUCUCCUUCCUGGACCCGCUGGCCUAUGAGAUCUGGAUGUGCAUCGUGUUCGCCUACAUCGGCGUGAGCGUGGUGCUCUUCCUCGUUAGCCGCUUCAGUCCGUACGAGUGGCACACAGAGGAGUUCGAGGAUGGCCAGCUGGGUCCCAGCGAGUCCACCAAUGAGUUCGGCAUUUUCAACAGUCUGUGGUUUUCCUUGGGUGCUUUCAUGCGGCAGGGAUGUGACAUUUCACCCAGGUCUCUGUCUGGGCGUAUAGUUGGUGGUGUGUGGUGGUUCUUCACCCUCAUCAUUAUCUCGUCCUACACGGCAAACCUGGCUGCUUUCCUCACUGUGGAGAGGAUGGUGUCACCAAUCGAGAGUGCAGAGGACCUUGCCAAGCAGACUGAGAUUGCCUACGGAACCCUAGACGCAGGCUCAACCAAAGAGUUUUUUCGGAGGUCAAAGAUCGCCCUGUUUGACAAGAUGUGGCAGUAUAUGAACAACGCCGAGCCAUCCGUCUUCGUGAAAAACACGGUGGAGGGUGUCUUGCGUGUGCGCAAGUCCAAGGGCAAAUACGCCUACCUGCUGGAGUCCACCAUGAAUGAAUACAUCGAGCAGCGCAAGCCCUGCGACACCAUGAAGGUCGGCGGCAACCUGGACUCCAAGGGCUACGGCAUCGCCACACCCAAAGGAUCUGCUUUAAGAAAUGCGGUAAACCUCGCAGUGCUAAAACUGAACGAGCAGGGGCUUCUGGAUAAAUUGAAAAACAAAUGGUGGUACGACAAAGGAGAGUGCGGCAGCGGAGGCGGGGAGUCAAAGGAGAAGACAAGUGCGCUGAGCCUGAGCAACGUGGCGGGCGUCUUCUACAUCCUGGUGGGCGGUCUGGGACUAGCCAUGCUCGUUGCCCUGGUGGAGUUCUGCUACAAGUCGCGCGCCGAAGCCAAGCGCAUGAAGAUGACAUUUACGGACGCCAUGCGGAACAAGGCCAGGUUAUCUAUAACUGGCAGUACAGGAGAGAAUGGGAGUGUUCUUACUCCAGAUUUCUCUAAAGCCGUCCAUGCAGUGCCCUACAUGAGACCAGGCAGGGCAAGGUCUCCCAAAUGAGCAAGCUGUCCUGAGUGCCUUACACACGCACGCACGCGCACACACACAUACACACACACACACAUACACACACACACACACACACACACACACACAAAUACACACACACAUACACACACACACACUUGUUACUUUCUUUCAUAGACAGACACACAUUUUGAGACAUACUGUCCCACUCAAAUACAUAUUUCCACAACUGUACAGGUCUGACUAUCAAAAAUGAACAAUGUCAUUGACUUCCAUGCAUACACGUUCAUAUAGACAUAUGGUUGUAUACACAUCUUUACAAAUACGCAAAAAAACAUAAACAUAUUAACUGUAACACACAUGCAAGCACUUAAAGCUGCAGAUACAGUUCAGCUCUCACAUGCAAAAAUGUACAGACGUGUAAUUUACAUGUGUAUAUUUCAACAUGAGCUGGGGCCCUUGGUUUACACAUGCACGUUAUCCUACUACACAGGUGUUGAGAGACACUGCCAUUGUCUCUCUCUCUCUCUCUCUCUCUCUCUCUCUCUCUCUCUCUCUAUCUCGAUCUCUAUCUCUCUCACGCACACACUUUCAUUCUUCAUUUCUCAUUGACAUUUUUCACGCUAAAACUGAUGAUGUAAUCAUACACUCAGAAGCAGCUCAACACUAUGGCAACAUUUUUGAAAUCUCAGAUUCUAAAGAACACAAGCACAUGGGUCAUCUCCAUCCAUUGUGAUUUUCUAUUGUACUCAAACAUAUAUAUGAAAAAAUCACAAGAAGUAUCAAAAAAUGGAAAAAAAAAAGUUUCUGAAAUAUUUUUCAAAAAAAAGAAAGAAAAUACUGUCAAAGAACAUUCUUCCAUAUUGUAAAAUAUGAAAUUGCUUCAGUUUCAAACUCUUUAAAGCCAAAUGAGUUCAUUUAAAGUAGGUGCAAUGUUUGAACAUAAUGAUUUAAUAAUAUCAUAUGAAUUAUAUGUUUAAAAUAUACAUAAAUCAUGUAAAUAUUCUUUUGUUCUUUUGAUCUUAAUGUUAAUAUGACCGUGUUUGACAAGAAAAAAUCCUUUUGGUUUUAUUUUCUUCUUAGACGUUUGAGUUGUUGAAAUGUGUUAUUAAUUUGUACCACUUUGUUGUUAAUUUUCUUGCAUCAUUAUGUUGCAGUCCUGUUUGACAUGGAUGAUGUAAGUAGUAGUUUUAUAGUUAUGUUGUCAAAAAAAACAAACAACCCCAAACAUCCACUACUUAAACGAUCAUGUUUCCCAUUUGUAGGAAUCCUUCUAAAAAUAACAUCUGGAUCAAAUUUGCAUAUGAAAAUAUAGAUACGCUUAAGUACAGUAUUUCUAAAUGCCAACUAGUCAUUCGUGCCAAAACACUCCUGGCAAGGUAAUACUGAAUAUUUGUGAGGAACUGGGAAGGACUCAAUAUAGACACCUCAUGCCAUGUUCCUCUUAUAUAAAUCUAAUUUAAAUUAUGUUUCCUAUGUGUCCUUAAAUAUGUUGUACAUUAAAUGAUGUGCACUAAUUUAUGCAGUCCUAACUGAAACGCAUGACAACCUUAAGUUUAAUCUUUGUUUUAAAAGCGAUGAUGAUGAUGAUGAUGAUGAUGAUAAAAUUAUAUUGCCACUGACUUUGGAUGACUAGAACUAUCAUAGUCAAAAGUGACCUGAAAAAUUGAAACCAAGAGUAUUUCAUUUAUUAUUUGAUGACUAUGAAUUCUAUUGAAACACUAUGCGGAACACCCUUUUCUAUGCCAUGCUGUAAAUCUGCAAUCUUAUCCAAUAGUUUUAUAUGUAUAUGUAUUCUGUAUACAAACAGAGACAAUGCAUCUGAAUAUCUUAUUGUAUGAACACACACAAAGUACAUAUAUACAAAAGGUUGGUGCAAGCUGCACUGGAAAGUUGACAGUUCCGAAGGCUUCCUUAAUGCCAAUCCACACCCAUGAAGGUACACACAUACACACAUUGACCCACAAAUGGACUUGAAUCAACACAACAUUCUCAUUUGGAGAGUCUCUUUAGAGCUUAACCAGAGGAGGUUUUUGUAAAUGGAAUGUGGGUCAACUGCUUUAUUUUUUGGACUUUUUGAAUAAACUGAGGCUGAGAAA